UCAGCCGCUCUAACAGUACAGCGCCUUUGUCGAUAGAGUCGAGUUGAACAGCUGCAAGUUACAGAGAAAAUAAGUGUUAAACGCCACUAUGAAGCGCUCCGGUCGCAUCCCAUGUUAUUUGUCAUUCUUUACUCUGUGUUUUGUCCUGAGUGCCAUUUCUGCGGUGAACGGUGACUACUGCGAAGUGAACAUCUGUCUGAACGGUGGCACUUGCGUGACAGGAGUGGGGGAAAAUCCUUUCAUCUGUGUCUGUCCAGAUGGGUUCACCGGGGAAAAGUGCAAUGAAACAGAGGCCGGACCCUGCAAGCCUAAUCCCUGCCAGAACGAUGGUGUUUGCGAAGUGAUCAGCCAAACGCGCCGCGGCGAUAUCUUCAGCGAGUAUGUCUGCAAGUGCGCGGAUGGCUUCGAUGGGGUCCACUGCCAAAACAAUGUGAAUGACUGCGCUGGCCAGCCGUGUAAGAAUGGAGGUGUGUGUCGCGACCUGGAUGGAGACUUCAAUUGCAAAUGCCCCUCUCCCUAUGUUGGAAAGCACUGCCACCUCCGCUGCAUCUCUCUGCUGGGCAUGGAGGGUGGUGGCAUUGCAGAGCACCAGAUCACGGCGUCCUCGGUGCACUAUGGCAUCCUGGGUCUGCAGCGCUGGGGGCCCGAGCUGGCACGCCUCAACAACAAGGGCCUCGUCAACGCAUGGACCUCCGCCGGGCAUGACAGGAACCCCUGGAUUGAGGUGAAUCUGCAAAGGAAGAUGCGCCUCACGGGCAUCAUUACUCAGGGUGCCAGCCGCAUGGGUGUGUCGGAGUACAUCAAGGCCUUCAAGGUGGCAUCCAGCCUGGACGGACGCACCUACACCAUGUAUAGGCUGGACGGGCAGAGGAAAGACACUGUGUUCCCUGGGAAUUCUGACAACGACGGCACCAAGACUAACCUGUUUGACCCGCCCAUCAUUGCGCAACACCUGCGUAUCAUCCCCGUGGUUUGCCGCAAAGCAUGCACCCUGCGCAUGGAGCUGGUCGGCUGCGAGCUAAACGUCUCGUUCAACACCACAGGUUGCUCGGAGCCGCUGGGCCUCAAGUCUCGGCUGGUGAGUGACAAGCAAAUCACGGCAUCCAGCGUGUUCCGCACGUGGGGCAUCGACGCCUUCACCUGGCACCCGCACUAUGCCCGGCUGGACAAGCAGGGCAAGACCAACGCCUGGACCCCUGCCACCAACAGCCGCUCCGAGUGGAUACAGGUUGAUUUGGAGUAUCCCAAGCGUGUCACCGGCAUCAUCACCCAGGGGGCCAAGGACUUUGGCAGCGUACAGUUUGUCUCAGCCUUCAAGGUGUCCUACAGUGAUGAUGGCCAAUUCUGGAACACUGUUAAAGACGUCAAGACCCAAGGGGACAAGGUCUUCCUUGGCAACAGUGACAACAACGUGCACAAGAGGAACAUCUUCGAGCCGCCCUUCUACGCCCGAUUCGUCCGCGUGCUGCCGUGGGCGUGGCAUGAGCGCAUCACGCUGCGAAUGGAGCUGCUGGGCUGUGACGAGUAGCACCUCUCCUCUUCCUCCCUUUAUCCUUUAUUCCCUGUGUCCCUCUUUCCUCUCCCUCCUCCCCUUCCCCUCUCCCCUUCUUCUCUCUCUCUCUCUCUCUUCCCUUCCCUGCCUAUCUCCCUUCCUCCCUCGCUCCCACUCCCUACCUCUUGAGCCAUGCCUGCACUGCCCUGCUCCUGCAGCCAGGAGGCAGCAUAGCCACACCACAGCGCAGCGCAGAGCCACAGCAGGGGGAAGAGUCUGAAGCCGACUGCUCCUCAAGACACACACAGCCUGGCCUGCAUCUCCAACCACACAUGCCGCUCAGUGACCUCCCUAUGCCUGCGCCUCUCUCACUCACACGUACCGGUGCACACACACACACACACGCGCGCGCACACACGCACACACACACACACACACACACAUUCACUAUCCCUCUGUUUUUCUCUCCCACACAUACAUGCACACAUUCAAAAAGACAUACAUGCACUCCCCACACAGUUCUUUAACAGUGGUGCAUUGAGUGAUUAGGUUUGUAUCCCAUUUUGAGGUUUUCAAAUGCAUCACCCCAUGAAUAUUAUUUUUACCAUUAUAGCGACCAAACGGCUCAGAAAGGAUUUGUUUGUAAAUUUGAGGUAAAGCAAGUAUCCAAAAUUGAGACCGAGACAAAUACAUUGAUAAUAUGUGAACCCGAAUCACAGUGUACUGAACCACAUUGGCCUGGCAGUCUUAUACCACUGCACGCUGGGAAUGCUGUGUGCCAUCAUACACGUUAGGUUGUUCUUGGAUGAGUUUCUGGCUGCUCCUGUGCUGUAAUAAGAAAUAUCAUUGAAUUGAGCUUGGAAAACAACAUGUACAUAAACCAAAAUAGUCACACCCAAGUCAUGUUCAUGGUGUUUGUUGAGUAGUUGUAAAUCUAUUGUUGCAGGGGUUUUCAUUAAUGCAUAUUCUAUUAGUGAGUAGAGCGAAAAGUAAUAAUUGGAUUGUGAAUGUGUUUUAGAAAGUGAAAAAAAAAAUCAAAAAAUGUGUUCAAAGCUUUUGUAAAAUGGGUUUUAAGAUUGUCUAACAGUUCUUCAUAAUAAUGACAUUCUAACAUAUAAAGCAUAUAUUUAUAUUAAUGCUAAUAAAAUUGAUAUUUUUCAUUGUUUAUACGUUUAUUGUAGUUAAAGCAUAAAUAGCUGAAAUGAUCGAUACAUGUUAUGUUGUAAUCAGGAAAAAAAAGUUAUGUUAUGAAUACAUUAAAGAAUUAUACAGGUCAACAAUUAUAUACCAAUAACAAUUGUGGGCCCAACACUGCCAAAUAUUUCUCUCAGGUAGAGAUGACAUUGUUGCAUUGUGCUACUGAGGUUUUUAUGAUGUGCGUGUAAGCUAGAUACAAUUUUGACACUGCUUCUUAGAACAUAACCAAUCUUAUGAAAUACUCCUGUUUUUUUCCCUCUUGGCACCUACAUUGUUUAAAAAAAAAAGCUGGAUGGUGUCAUCACCAGUGCUGAGAAUAGUGAAGGAGAAUAAAGGAGAUCUAAAAAUCAGGUUCCUCUCCUGAGGCAACUCGUACAUCUUGAAAAACUGUGUGUUUAUUUCACACAAGAUGGGGAAAACAAGGCCUGUUUUCCCACCGAUUUUUGGGGGGGCUGGCUUAGCUUUUUUUUUUUUUUUGCUCCACAAGAGAUUAGCGCAUAAUGGUUGAUGAAUUGGUCCAAGAUUUUUUUUUUCACAGUGAAAUGCUGUCUUUAUGAGAAACAGAUUGCUUGGAGAGGCAAAGAGAGCCUGUUACCCAAAUGAUAAGGUGAAGAGGGGUAAAAAUCAAAUUAAGAAUGAUUUUCUACGCUUCCUCUUAAUGUCCGUCCGAGGUGUCAGGCAAGGGAGCAUAAUGUUUUCAGGCUUUGGCAUUGUGAUACCCCCCUAUGAAUUAUGAAUUUUUUGGGCUUGUGCAAUAUGAUAGGAGUUUUAAUAUUAAUGAAUAGCUGAAAAAAGAACAGUAUUUCUCUGCACUGCUUUCCAUUGCGAAUAGAAGAGAUGGUGGCUAUUUUUGCACCCUUACUUAUCAACCACAACAGUGUUUCCUUGAGGCCAAAUGCAUUUUGUGGAUUUUAACAGUUUAUUUAAAUAACAAUCACAUAGGUUUUGAUCGUUUCCUUGGAGAAUGUUGCUAUGAUCUUUGCUACAUACUAGUGGUCUCAUAAUGCUGCCCCACUGUAUUUUCUUCCCGAGUUUUGAUUUUCUAAAACAAUGAAUUUUUAUGCUUCAUACAAAACAGCAGUCUUGUUGUUGUUGUUCUACACAUAGCUUUGGUGCACUCUUGAUGUAUGUGUCCUUCGCAGUUUUUUCUCUUGUUCUUGGUGUUUUUAAAUGAAGACACAAAAAAUAAAAGUUUCAACAAAGAUA